UGGAAUAAAACUGUUUAACAACAAUUUACGACCGUGUGAUUUUAGCGUGUGUUUUUUAGGAACUUACAGGCUUUAAUAAAUAUCACAACAGCAAUAUUUAAAUGCCGUGUGGCGCCGUAAAAACUCUCACCGUACUUGGCAAAAUACGAGGUAGUAUUGCUACAUUUUCCAAAUAAUCGUCUUACAGAAUCAACUUUUUGUUCCGCACUUGUCGAAAUUCAAUACUUUUCAUGACUACAACAUAUUGAACAGUCUAUUACCUUGAAAUCUGCGAACUGAAUACCUUGCCGUGUGAAUGCAAGAUAAUUUAGCACAAGGCUGUAUACACCUAGAGUUCAUAAAAGUAUUUUCGUGUGUUCAUCUCUUUUACAUUUCUUAAACAAACAAACAUAAACGGACUAGUUUUGAAUUUACCGUAUAGCGUGUAUUUAAAUGACAUAUUGAUAUCUAUUUCAUAUUUACAGGUUAUAAAACAUUAACUUUCCAUCACAUACUUUCUGACGUUAAAUUACAUGACAUAAAUUUACAUUUUUUCAUUUUCUAAUCAUACAUGGGGACAUUACCGAUUUAGAUAUUCAACACGAAUAUAUCAUUUGGUUUUAAAUCACGUUUAGUUUCUUCAAAUUAUACUUCAAAAUCAAAUUAACUUCCAGUGUCACUAAGUGAAUCACAGUGCGUGUUUUGACUUAAGAUAUACUUCGUCGCCCGUCUGUUUAGAUAUAAUUGAAAACACUUGAAAAAUAAAAAUCUUCGAUAAGUGAAAUCAGUUUGUUUUCACGUUACUGCAUUCUUAUAUUACAAGUUUAAUUGGUCAAUGUUGUAUACUAUACAGUGUGAUCGUUCGAAAGGAACGAGUAUAUCACAAAAAAAAUGAUUUGGAAAAAUGAAACCGAUAUUUGUGUAUUCAUUAUAUUUUUUACAACAAUUGUUUGGAAGCAUUGAAAAUAACUUGUAUCGAGUUAACUAUUGUACUGACAAGUACUCUAAUUAUUUUAACACCGACAUUCUAAACUGUGGACAUUAUAAAUAUUUGAAAAUUAUUUUUGGAUUUGGACAAUUCAUUAAGAUAAUAUUUUUCUGGAUUAGGCAAACCUGACAAAAGAAAUAUGAAAAUUUGAAUAAAGAGUUUAAAGGUCAAUGAAGACAGUGUUGGUCAAAAGGCAGUGAAUUACAAACAUAAACUUGACAACAAAUUACUUAUACGUUAUCACGUUAUUCUGUAUUGUUCAUUCUGGUAAAAAAGGAGUUUAAAAGCCUAAAAGGGGGAUACUAUAGUGUUCAUGGGCGCAACCCGCCAAGGCAAUGCAAUACGUUUUUCUAUGCAAAUAAAGAAAGUUGUUAAUUGUUUAAAUAAAUUGAUAUAUAUCAAUGAACGGAUGGCAUGACGGAUGAAAAUGAUUUACUUUUGGAUUAAAAGCAAAUGUCACAUGAUUUUCUGUGUUCUGUGAUUUUGCUUCGGUGUGAUCAAGAAAACACUAUCUGAGUGCUUAUUGUACAUGAUAACUUCUAUACAUGAUAGCAAUGACUGAAAGAAAAGCCAACCUUUUGGAGACGGUUAUUGAGGAAAUAGGCGGAGAGACAGGUGAGAAAUCACGGGGACGAGUUGGUAAACUAAAUUCCAAAAAUGACAUGGGUCCUUUAAACAAUAACCCCAAGGGACAGAAAAACGGAAAAAAUAGACACACUAAAAAUGUUGUUGUGAAACUGCCAACGGCUAACAAGCGGGCUGACGAUGAGAACAAAGAAUUUCCUAAAGGGACUGAAACUAUGAGACAAAAAUUGGAAGAAAUCAAAGAAGAAUCUAGAGAAAAUAAACUUGAGACUGAAAAAGAAAAUGAGUCAUCAGAAAACAUAGAUAAUAUUAAUCAGACGACAACUGAGAAAAAUGCUCAAACGUCGACCGUUUUGACAGAAUUAAUCGAUAAACACAAAAUCGAAGUCACCAUUGAAGAUGGAACUAAAGAACUGAAGGACCCGAUAUAUGGAAUGUUCACAAGAACGAAUACAGAACGUUCGUUGCUAAGCAACAGAAGUGACAGUGUAGCUUUUUCACUUCCUAUGAAACGAAAUAGAAGGAAGGAAAGUGUAUUGAGACCAAAAUCGUCGCAUGGUUGGUCUAAGAAGGAUCUUGAUUUGUUCUUGCCUCGUAAAAGUUUCUUUGGUGUUCAUGACAACACUCUAGCGUCUGCCGGAUUUGAUGUUCGCUCGGAUGAAGAGCGGAAACGCCCGGAUUGGAGGCAAAUACUGAAAAUGCAUACGGAAGAGGAACUUCAUCCGCCUCAAAUAAAGAAAGAGGAAAAGACGCCUUUGACUAUGUUUGGAAUGAUGGAUGACGACUCAGGGGACGAGGCUUUUGGACUUGAAAACAUAGAAACUGCAAUCGGGAGCAAAGAUCCCACAAGUGGAAAUAAAGGGAAAAAGAAACAUGGAUCUAAAAAGGUGGUUGGUACCGAAAAGGAAGAAUAUAAGCCGCUGUAUGAUUAUCUAAAGUAUAUAGCGGACAAUCCGGAAGAAUAUGUACAAUCUGCGAAAUACAGCGCGAAAAAUACGGAUCAUAAGCACCCAAGUAAUCUUGUCCGUUUAGGUCGAGCUUUUCGCCGCGGACAUCACGGAGCCGUUAGAAAUAACAUAUUUCUUCAUGCAAUAUCCGGUUUAAAAUCUAAGUCAAGUGAGACUGGUUCACAACAACGCUCAACACGCAAUGAGAAAGGAGGUACAAAAAAGGAAACGGACGGAACCGAUCCAAGUUCGGCUCAAGAUGAAACGGAAAUCGAAAAACUAAAAACGAAAGCGGAGAAAUGGAUGAGAAAUUUAACAACACAGCAAUACCUGAAGGCAAAAGAACAAGCGCUGAAGGACGUCGGUGAAGAAGAUAUGAACAUGUCUAAAUGGUGGUUGGCUUUUAGGAGUUGUCAUUACUUAAGAGUACCACCGUAUAUGUCAGAGUAAUAUAUAUGAUUUUCUUUAAACAGGAUUGCCAAGUCUCUAUGGGCUAAAGACUGUUUUUUAAUGAACGUGUUUUGUCAUUUUCAAAAGUAUUACCUUAAAUCUGGACGAAAAUUUGCCAUGAUGUUUAACUAAGUCAAAAAAACUUCUAUUAAAACGUGAUAUUCAA